AAUGCGUUCUACGAGCAUAUAUUUGUUGCAGUAAGGGCAACGUGUAUUGAUAUUCAACAAUGGUUUAGAGAACGCGUUGCUCAGAUGGAGAGAAUAGUGAACAAAAAGGUGACAAUGGCUAAGGCCAACUUGAUGUUAAUGAAGGACCGGUUGAAGAAGAUGGCUGAACAAGAGAAGAUCGUGCCGAAGGAUAUGAUAGUGUUCAUGGAGCAGAAUUGCCCUCAGCUGAUGAUUUGUGUGUCGUGCGUGUUCUCGUCAUUACCCGCACCAGGUAUGGUAGGCGGGGACGAGGUUGCCAAUGUCGAAAUAGUGGUCAGAGAGGGGCCAUGUCCGCAUACUGUGGAAGCCAGUGAAUGGGGUGGCAGAGGCAACGAGUUAAAUCAUACUGCAUCUGGUUCGGGCGAGGAGACCGACGACUCAUACAGAGGCAGUAUCUACUUGGGCGAAUAUAAUGCGAACAUCUCCAACAUGGAGGCUUCUGCUGAAGGGAGGGAAGGCGUUGAGGCCAAGGCACCAGCAAGGCCAACCUGCUCUAUCUGUCUGGAACCCUGGACCUCCACGGGCAAGCAUCACAUCUGUUGCAUUCCUUGCGGGCACGUCUACGGCAGGUCGUGCCUAACAAGGUGGCUCAUGGAUCAGCUUUCAAGGAAUGAGAAUAUGAAGUGCCCUCAAUGUGCGGAAGAAUUCGAAGGCAAUCUUAUCGACCUCCAUGCACCAUUUUGUCAGGAAGUGCAUGAGUAUUAUGAUGCUAAGUUGGCCGAGUUUGAGGCAUCGAGGGAAGAAUGUAAUGUAUUUGCAGAAUUGCAUUCUCAGUAUGAUCUGCUGAGUGCACAAGCGAAGUUUCGGGAUGAGCUGCGUGCACUAAUUAUCCUUGAAAUUGCUGAGAUUGAAAGAGCGAUGAUGGAACACGUGGCAAAGGCUAACGGUAGCUUGCUGUUGAUGAAAGAGCAGAUGAAGAAGAUGGCUGAAGAAGACAUGGCGACAACUGAGCAUCUAAUUGGAUUCGUGGAACAGACUUGCCAUUGCCUCGCCUCUUUCCUACCCUACCCAAGCUACCCAUAUGACCCUGCUGAUCAAAGCUGAUGGAUGGUCUGCUUUAUACCACACAUUAUGUAUUUCUAUUUCAUCAUAUGUACUGUGAUGUACCAGGACUCUGGUUUGGUCUCAUCAUUUGUCAAGAGCAUAGCAGCGGGCGCUAGCGUCACCAAGUCUUCUUGUGUGGAGAUGUGGAGUGUGAACACUAAGUGUGUUUCAAACAGUCAAAAAUAUGUGGUACUUGCU